AAAAUCAAACUACUCGCUUCCUGUUUGCUUUAAUCAAGAGGUUACAGGCAGUUACGUAUCAGCUGCGUUUGCUUUCAAAAGAGGCUGCCACUGCCGUUAUACAGUAAACUGACAAAAUCAGAAGUGGGAGUAGAAGAAGUUUUGCAGAGUAAUGGCAGAAGGACUAACUUUCCCUGUUCUGAAAGUGGAUGACAUUGUUACUUAUUUUCAGUCUGAAAUCUUGACUGGAUCUGAGGCAAAAAACUUCAACAAAAAUGACAUUGUCCCUACACCUAAGACUGAAUCCAUACAGCGUCUCUACAUGAGAAUUUUGCAGUUCGUCUUUGGUAUCAAGCCAGAAUAUCACUACAUGAUGCCCGUCAAUGAAAAUGUGCAGCAUUCUGUACUUCAGGAGUCUUUUCUUCCUAUUUGCAGUAUUUAUCACCAAAUGAGUCAGUUUUUGCAGAUCUGCCAGGUGUAUGACUUUCAGCUUAGUGACCUUUUGAAUCCAAGAGCAAAACGCACUAUUACAAUUUUGUGUGGCAUUAUAAACUUUCUUCAGUUCAGAAAAAUGCAAAGAGAAGUUUUCAUGGAACAUCUGAAAAUACAUAAUGCUGCCAAAGAAAGAGAAAAGAGACAGUUGGAAGAAAUAAGGGAGGCUGAACUCAAAAUUAAGAAACUUACAACAAUUCCCCCAGAACAGCGGGCAGCUUUUGAAGAGAUAUCUUCAGAAAUUGCAGAGCUUGAAAAAUUAAUGAAUAAAGAAUCCCAGGAAGUGGGUUUGGUGAAUGAACAGAUUGCACAACUACGAGUGAAGGUAGCUGAGCAGACCAAGCAGCUGAGCUUCUUAAAAGUACAGUUGGCUACACUUGAUGAGGAGCAGGCAAAACUUAAAUCGCAGAUUGUGGAAUCUCCAGAAGAGAUGAAGAAUGAUUUUGAAAAGAUGAAGGAGACAGUGAAAAAGAUUAAACAGUCUAUGGGUCAAUCAAAUGUUGCAUUGGUUGAAUAUCAAAACAAGUUCCAAGCUAGCAAUUUGUGCAAGCAAGAAUUUAUGGGCUUUCACAGAUUACUGCUGGAUUUGCAGGUUGAAAUGGAUAAAUGCAAUAGUUCACUGACUGAGAUUCGCAGUCUAAAAGAGCUUCUUGAGAAGCAGAAAAAGGAGAUAAAGAAUCUGAGCAAUAAGGAAGCUUGUCUAAAGAGAUCAUUACACAAGAAAAUGGACCAAAAGACUAAACAUAAAAUUAAACUACAGAAGAAGCAAGAAACACAUGAGCAUUAUGUGCAAUGUUUGCUCAGUGACAUCAAUGUUGCUUAUCAGAAGAGAGAAGAAUUCUUAAAAAUAAUGGAAGAUAUGGAAAAAGAAAUCAGAGAUAUUAAAUUAAAAAAAGAGAAUACAUCAGAAAAAUGCGACAAUGAUAUUUCUAAAUGCCAGUUGAUGUAUACAUUUUUAAUGGACAAGCUGGACACUGCCCAUGAAUGCCUUUCAAACAUUAAGCAAAAACGGAAGCUCCAACUAGAAGAUUUACUCAGCCUUUCGUAAAUGAUGUAAUUUCUGACAUUUCUGAAAUUUCUGUGUGUGCUGUUGAAUAUUGUUAAACUAAUCUGUCUUGUAAAGUUUGUUGUUCUCUUUUCAUUUUAGUUUUUGUAUUUUUGUGUUUUGGUAAUUAUUUUGUUAUUUCUGAGUAGCUAUUUCUGAUGUGCUAACAUUGAUGAGCAAACAGAUUAAAUGAUAUAACAUUUGACAUAAAUAACAAAUGUAUUAAUGAUGUGUGUGUUUCACAGAACUUGUUCAAAGCACAUUCAUUUAGCAUCAGUGACUUUUCAUUUCUAGUUGCUAAGUUAGAAGAGAUGAAUAAAAAGACCUUUUCAAUAUAUAAUUGUGCUAUAUUCCUUUGCAAUGGUAUGUGUAAGUCCUGCUAUGAUACUCAGCUGGUAUCUAAUUAAAGUGAUUUCUUUCUAGGUU